GCCAAGAAUGCCUCUACUCUCUCGAUCCAGCGGUCCCUAUCCCUCCUCGUCUCAAAGCCGCUUCCCUCUCCCAUAUCCCCCCCGGCCCUCUCCCAAUCUUUCCCCUCGCCCGGGUCUUGCCUGUCCGCCCGCGACCACGCUCUCGCCGCCUCUUAUCCGGCGACGAAUCCCUCCGACGAAGCGGUGGAAACGAUGCAGCAGGCGGCUGGCGGCUCUGAUUCCCUGCAGCAGCAAUGGGUGGCGAUGCAGUAUCCGCCGCCUGCGGCGGCGAUGAUGAUGCGGCACCAGAUGGUGCCGCCGCCGCCUCAGCCGCAGUACGCGCAGCAAUUCCUGCCAUACCACCCCCCGCCUCCGCCGCAGAACCACCAGCACCAGGCCGGGACGGCGGCAGGCGAAGAGAACAAGACGAUCUGGGUAGGGGACCUUCAUUACUGGAUGGAGGAGAACUACCUCCACAGCUGCUUCGGCCACACCGGCGAGGUGGUCUCUAUUAAAGUUAUUCGCAAUAAACAAACUGGACAGUCAGAGGGAUAUGGUUUUGUAGAGUUUUAUACACGUGCAGCAGCUGAAAAAGUAAUUCAGAGCUUUGUUGGUCAUAUAAUGCCCAACACAGAUCAACCUUUUCGGUUAAAUUGGGCAUCAUUUAGCAUGGGCGACAGGCGUGCAGAUGUUGCUCCUGACCACUCUAUAUUUGUUGGAGAUCUAGCUUCUGAUGUUACUGAUGCCAUGCUGCAAGAAAUUUUUGCUAGUAGGUACCCAUCUGUAAAAGGGGCAAAAGUUGUUAUUGAUGCAAAUACUGGCCGUUCAAAAGGUUAUGGAUUUGUAAGAUUCAGAAAUGAUAAUGAGAAAACGCUUGCCUUGACUGAAAUGAAUGGUGUAUUCUGCUCUGGUAGGCCCAUGCGAAUCGGUCCUGCAACCCCCAGAAAGUCAUCUGGUGGUUCUGGAAAUGGUGUACCUGGACAGUCGCAUGGAGAUUCAACUAACACAACAGUUUUUGUUGGGGGACUUGACACAAAUGUCAGUGAAGAUGAUCUCAGGCAGGUCUUUUCUCAGUAUGGUGAAAUUGCCUCCGUGAAAAUUCCAUCUGGAAAACAAUGUGGCUUUGUGCAAUUUGUCCAGAGAAACAAUGCUGAAGAAGCAUUGCAGGCGUUGAAUGGAACUGUCAUUGGGAAGCAGCCUGUUCGUCUUUCAUGGGGCCGCAACCCUGCAAACAAACAGUUAAGAGGUGAUCCUAGUAAUCUGUGGAAUGGUGUUUACUAUGGAGCACAGUUCUACAAUGGCUAUGGGUAUGCUGCCCCAGUUCCAGGCCCAACCAUGUAUGCUGCUCCAUAUGGGGCUCAUUCCUUCAAUGGAGACCAACAACAAGUGAGCUGAUUUGGGUACAACAGAAACCCACAUUUUCUUCGUUGAUUUUUGUCAUUCUUCCUUUUAUAAAUUUUGAUUGGUUGCUGAAAGAUUUUCUUUUUUUUUUUUUAAAAGCCAUGUCUGUGUGCUUCCAUGUGAUAUAAGAAAGAUGCUUGAUAUGUACAAUCACAACAUCAGCUUUUAAAAUUAAGUUUUCAUUGGUUUUGUGUCAAUC